AUUAUUAUUAUUAUUAGUAAUUUUCUUUUCUCUGUCUCUAUCUCUUUCCCUUUCUCUUCCUCUUCCUCUUCCCUUUCUGUCGGUGUUCAGAUCUUGCAGCUUCUACACUCUUCAUUCACGGAUUUCACAUUUUUUUUAUUUAAAAAAAAAUUUUAGGUGUUCUUUCAAGAAGAGAAAAAAAAGUAGAAUUUUGAGUUAUUGAUUAAGUUUUGAAGACUUGAAGGGAAAGGAAAAAGAAGAAAGAAAAAUGGGAGAAGAGUUGUUAAAACUGAAUUAUCAAAGAGUUUUUGUGAGAGUUGCUUUUUUAUGGUAGUUGAAUUGAAAUUGCUGUGGUAAAGAAAAAAGAGGAAGAAGAAGAAGAAGACGAAGGAAGAGAGUGUAUGAAGGAUUUGGUUUGGAUUUUAUUAUGUUGGAGAAAUCGGUGGGAUUAUGGACUUGUGAUCCGGAGUCGGGGAAGAUGGGGCAAAUGUGGUUGAUUUCUUAGAUUUUUUCACUUUGUUUAUUUCAACUGGUUCUUUCUUUUGAUUAGUUUUUAUUAUCUGUUUCUUGGCGAUCUUCAUUGGGAUUUAAAUUUGGAAACUUUUUCACAGAAUGCAGCAAGAUCACCGAAAGAAGAGUUCUACAGAGAUGGACUUUUUCUCUGAAUACGGUGAUGCCAAUAGAUAUAAGAUUCAAGAAGUCAUAGGAAAAGGCAGUUAUGGUGUUGUGUGCUCGGCAAUUGACACCCAUUCUGGUGAAAAAGUGGCAAUAAAGAAAAUACAUGAUAUUUUUGAGCAUAUUUCUGAUGCUGCCCGUAUUCUUCGCGAGAUAAAGCUGCUCAGACUUCUUCGGCAUCCUGAUAUUGUUGAGAUUAAACACAUUAUGCUGCCUCCUUCUCGAAGGGACUUCAAAGAUAUUUAUGUGGUUUUUGAGCUCAUGGAGUCAGAUCUUCACCAAGUUAUAAAAGCUAAUGAUGACUUGACUAGAGAACACUACCAGUUUUUUCUUUACCAGCUACUUCGUGCAUUGAAGUAUAUUCAUACUGCAAAUGUCUACCAUCGAGAUUUAAAACCGAAGAAUAUUUUGGCAAAUGCAAACUGCAAACUUAAGAUAUGCGAUUUUGGUUUAGCUAGAGUUGCAUUCAAUGAUACACCUACAACGAUAUUCUGGACGGAUUAUGUUGCUACAAGAUGGUAUAGAGCUCCAGAGCUCUGUGGAUCAUUUUUCUCUAAGUAUACACCUGCAAUUGAUAUAUGGAGUAUAGGGUGCAUCUUUGCUGAGGUGUUAACUGGGAAGCCACUCUUUCCUGGGAAAAAUGUUGUUCACCAGCUGGAUUUGAUGACUGAUUUGCUUGGGACACCUUCAUUAGAUACCAUCUCUCGGGUUCGAAAUGACAAGGCAAGAAGAUACUUAACAAGCAUGAGAAAAAAGCAACCAGUUCCAUUUGAACAAAAAUUUCCAAAUGCAGAUCCCUUGGCUCUACGUCUACUUCAAAGAUUGCUGGCCUUUGAUCCAAAAGACCGCCCAACUGCUGAAGAGGCCCUUGUUGAUCCUUACUUUAAGGGACUGGCAAAAGUUGAGAGGGAGCCUUCCUGUCAGCCAAUUACAAAGAUGGAGUUUGAGUUUGAGAGGCGAAGGGUCACAAAGGAGGAUAUACGGGAGUUAAUUUUCCGGGAGAUACUGGAAUACCAUCCUCAGCUGCUCAAAGACUAUAUGAAUGGAACUGAGAGGACCAACUUUCUCUAUCCCAGUGCGGUUGAUCAAUUCAGAAAGCAAUUUGCACAUCUUGAGGAAAAUGGUAAAAGUGGGCCAGUUAUUCCACUUGAAAGAAAGCAUGUCUCUCUUCCCAGGUCAACAAUUGUACAUUCCAAUACAAUCCCCCCCAAAGAGCAACCAAGCAUCAAUUCCUUCAAAGAUAGGCAAAAUGCAGAAGAGGCAUUCAGCAAAAGUUCCAGGGAAACUGAAGCUGUUCCUGUACAUUUAUCAAGAAGCUUGCAGGCACAACAAAGAAUCCCACUAGCCAAACCAGGAAAGGUAGUAGGCCCAGUUGUGCCUUAUGAGAAUGGAACAAUCAUGAAAGAUGCCUAUGAUCCAAGAACAUUCAUAAGAAGCACAGUUCUUCCACCUCAGGCUGUCCACCCUGCGUAUUCUUAUCACAAAUCUGGCACUGGAAAGCAAGAAAGAUCCACAAUGGAGUCCGAAAGGGAGUUGGUCUCCCAAACUAAAAAGGUUCCUCAAUGCGGCAUGGCAGCCAAAUUUGCACCAGAUAUAGCUAUCAAUAUCGACACAAACCCAUUUUUCAUGACCAGAGUGAACAAGGUGGAGCCUGCUGAUGAGAGAAUUGCCAUUGAUACGAACUUGUUGCAGGCGAAAGCUCAUUAUGGUGGAAUAGGUGUUACCGCAACUGCUGCUGCAACCGCCACUGCUCAUAGGAAGGUUGGAACUGUUCAGUAUGGCAUGACAAGGAUGUAUUAGCGAAGGAGUUAGAAGGUAUAAGUAAGGGAUCCUUUUGCAUAGAGGGAAAAACUCUUGAGAGGGAGGUUUGUUUAGUGUAACCUGUAAAAAAGAGAGCCAGCUUUCUCAGGUCACAAUAGGCACUAAUUAAGUUUGGUAAUGAGAAACGACAUGUCUAUCAAAUCAUACAUUUAAUUUUAUAAGAAAAAUAACUCUCCUCCGGCCAAUAGGAGUGCCUUUCGUUUUUAA